CUGACAGUACGUAGUUGACCAAUUUUUUUGCAAAAAAAAAAGUAAAAAAGAUUUGUCAUCUGGGAAAAAUUGAAAAAGUGCAGUAAUUAUUAAAAGCUAUUGAAAAUUGUAAUAAAUGUAAAAAUACAAAAAGCAAAAUCACCAAGAAGCCCGUACUGCGAAACUGUUUGUGCUAAUCAAUAAGUUGAAUUGUUUUUGACGUCGAUUGAGGGAAAGUUGGUAGGAAAAAGAAAAGGCCAAAAAGCAUUAGCGCAGUGCCAGCAGUUGUGUGACACCAAACAAGCAAAUAUACAUUGAAAAUUAGCGACGUAACUGGUAAUAGGGGAGAACUCAGCCCAUAAUCGAAUUUUGAAACAAAGAAAGCUGUACCAGUCGACAUCAACGAGCAGUGAGUGUAGUCUUCGAGGACGAGGGCAAACAUUGCUAUACCACUCCCUUCUUUUAGUCAAAAUUUGCAUAGUGUCUACCUACGAGAGCAUGGAUCUGCAGCAUAUGGAGAAUGGCAUCAGUGGCGGUGGCCAUGGUGCUGGAGUAGGGCCCACGGGCGGCUUCAGUGAAAAUGAUUUCCAACGUCUUGCGCAAACCAUCGCGACAAGCAUACAAAAAAUUUUACAAAAUGUGUCCACUAUGCAACGCAUGGUUAACCAGUUCAAUACGCCACAGGAUUCGCCUGAUUUGAAGAAACAGCUACAUCAAAUAAUGACCUAUACGCAUCAAUUGGUUUCGGACACAAAUAAUCAAUUGAAAGAGGUGGAUAAGUGCAAGGAACGUCAUUUGAAAAUACAACGCGAUCGGCUGGUAGAUGAGUUCACCGCUGCUUUAACAGCAUUUCAGGCCGUUCAACGCAAAACAGUCGAUAUCGAGAAAAAUGCUGUUCGACAAGCGCGUGCGCACAGUUACAACAUUAGCAAACCACCGGGCACGAACAACAGCAGUGGCAGUGGUGGUACCAGUGGCAGCAACAAUAGUGGCUCCUUCUUCGAGGAUAACUUUUUCAGUCGUAGAUCAAAUCAAUCACAACAACAAACACAAAUGCAAGAAGAAAUCGAUUUACAAGCGCUUGAAGAACAGGAACGUCAAAUACGUGAACUGGAGGAAAAUAUUGUUGGUGUGAAUGAAAUCUACAAGAAACUCGGGGCCAUGGUGUACGAACAAGGUCUAACUGUUGAUUCGAUUGAAUCGUCCGUGGAGCAGACAAGUGUAUUUGUGUCACAGGGUGCUGAUAAUCUUCGUAAAGCCAGUUCAUAUAAAAACCAAGUGCGUAGGAAGAAGCUUAUUUUGGUUGGCAUCCUUUCAGUGGUAUUAUUCAUUAUCAUAAUGAUUCUUGUAUUCGAAUUCAAACAAUAAUUAUUGCGUGCAUUAGAAAGUAUUUUUUUGAUGGCAAUGUUUUUUCUUCGCAUUCAACCAUAUGUUGCUGCUAAGUUGUACAGUUUUUGUGUAGUCUGCGAAGUUCAAUCGCAAUACUGAGGUGGUAUAUUCAAUUGUUGAGGUGAUAUUUGAAAGCAAGCACUUUUUAAAAAGUUCUAAAACAAUAAAAUUUUAUGAUGGCUUAUUAAAAAAGUAAAGUAAGUGAUAAAAAUACAUGCCCAUUGUUAGUUCGCCAUCUGUACAAAAUAUGAAUAAUAUAUGUUCUACGGUUUAAAAAUGGGUUGGGAUUCUUAUUUUGCAUAUCGACCCUUUUGCGCAAAAUUAUCGUAUGUUACAAAAACUAAAUUUUACAGGAAAGUGUUUUUUGUAUUUUUCUCUACAUUCUAGUUUCUUAGCCCAUAUGAUAAUUUCGCACACAAGAAAUAAAUACAUACGAUAAAAUUUACAGUCAAUUUUUGGGGUAGCUAUUGGGAUUCAAGCCGUAAUAUUUGAACAGUGAUGCGUUAUGGGUUGUAAAACAAAGUUGCAUCAAAAAGUGAAUUUCGUAAAAAAUGUAACAUAUGAUAAUUUUGCGCAAAGGGGUCGAUAUACAUAUGUAGUAAAUUUGUAAAGUGCAAAUUUCGAUAUGAUGACCAAAAGUUAAAAAAGGCAAAUAAAUUGUGAAAUGUACUUUCUGUAUAUGUAAAUUACUUUUUGGCGGUAGAUAUUUAUUUACAAAUAUUGUAUUAUAUACAUACGUAUGUAUAUCAUUUAUGUAAUCUUAAUAUAAAUUUAUACUUUUAUGCGAAAAUAUAUAUUUAUUAACUCUGUAACACAUGCAUAUGUAUGUAUAAGCACUCAAAUACCAACGUAAAUUUGUAUGGGCGUCUAAAAUAUGUAAAAUCGUAGUGUGUAAUCGUUAGGAAGUAGAAAAAGGGAAAUACAUUUUAUGCUAAAUGCUGAGCGCUUUUAAUAUUAAUUCACUGCACUGUGCUACAGCAUUCCUUGUUCGUAAAUACUUUUGUUCGUACUUAGCAUACGCUUAUGCUACAAAUAGGAUUUUUUUCCUAUAUUGCUCGAUUUAGCUUUUUCUUGUUUCUACUUUACAGUAUUUUAAUGCUUAUGCGGUAAAAGCGCGUCUAGGAAUAGUUGCGUUCCAGAUGUUUCACGAUUUGCAGGUUUUACAGGAUUUGCAGGAACAGCUGUUUUCUCCAUUAAUAAACCUUAUGGAAGGUGGUCACUUGGAACGGCUUCCUGUAAAAACCUGCAAAUCGUGAAGCAUCUGCAACGCAACUAAUGCCUUGAAUCUAUUUGGAAGAGAUUUCUAAAUUGUGAUCGUGAAGGCGAAAAAGAACGAUUUAUGUACGAACCACGUAAAAUACACAAAAUUAAUAAACAAAUUAAAAUAUAAAAA